CAUUGGUAAAAAGUAAUGAUUUAGCAGUUUGCAUAGAUAAAAGCACUGUGCAGGCAAUGCCAAAAGCCAAUGACUACUGCGAUGGACAUUUUAGUGUUAGGACUUAUGCUAGUUUCCUCGGUUUUGGGUCAACCUCCGGCUGAAAACAAAACAUGCUAUCAAGGGAACCAAAAGACAGCGACCGAAUGCUGUCCACUGCCUCGUAUGAUGGAAAAGGCCAUUGCGGAUGCGUGCAAUAGCAAAUACAAAGCUCUGAGCCCGAGAGUUCCACCUGGAGUGCGAAAAACUGAAGGAUCGUGCGUCACCCAAUGCAUUUUCACCACCAUCGGAGGCUUCAACGAAAAGAACAAUACGUUGAACAUCGAAGCAAUCCGGAAAGCGAUCCUGGAUACGACGGCCAGUGCGAAGGCAUUCCUGCCGUUGCUCAACAACAGCAUCAAUUACUGUUAUCCAAUCAUUUCAAAAGACCCGCAGUUUCUAGCGACUCCGGUUUCCCCUAUUCCGGAACGCGACGGGUGCAGUUUUCUGCCGCCUGCUUUGAUGAAUUGCAUCAAGAUUGAUCUAUUUCAGAAAUGUCCAAAAAACAAAUGGAAUAACGCGCCCGAAUGCCAGCAUUUAAAAGAGAAGAUUUCGACAGGAUGUUCUUUCUCGGCGAUAGUAAGUGGUUGAUCGCUUUAUGAUUUAUAUAUUAUAAUAUUAUAAAAUUUAAUAAAUGAAU